AUGUCUGCAGGUCUCAUCCGCCUGCAGGAGCUCAUUAAAGCUCCAUCCAGAUACAACAUCCGCCUGAAGAUCCGGCAGCUCGCCGCCGACACCAAGGACGCCAAACCGCUGCUGAAGGAGAUGAAGAAAGCCAAGGAGUUUCACGUCAUCUUCGACUGCAGUCACGAGAUGGCAGCCUGGAUCCUCAAACAGGCUCUUUCAAUGGGAAUGGUGACGGAAUACUAUCAUUACAUCUUUACAACUCUGGACCUGUUUGCUCUGGAUAUGGAGCCGUAUCGCUUCAGCGGAGUGAAUAUGACCGGUUUCCGCAUCUUGAACACGGAGAGUCCGCAGGUGUCGUCUAUCAUCGAGAAAUGGUCAAUGGAGCGACUGCAGGCUCCGCCCAAACCUGACUCAGGCCUGCUGGACGGAUUCAUGACGACGGACGCGGCGCUGAUGUAUGAUGCGGUUCACGUGGUGGCGGUGGCAGUUCAGCAGUCGCCGCAGAUCACCGUCAGCUCGCUGCAGUGCAACCGACACAAACCCUGGCGCUUCGGGGGACGAUUCAUCAGCUUCAUUAAAGAGCGGUCAUCUUCUGAGAUCUUCUGUGUGUCUCAGGAGGAGCCGUACGUCAUGUUUAAGAAGUCGGAUAAACCUCUGUACGGGAACGACCGCUUCGAGGGAUUCUGCGUGGAUCUGCUGCGGGAGCUUUCGGGAAUCCUGGGCUUCCGUUACGAGAUGCGGUUAGUGGAGGACGGUAAAUACGGAGCGUUUGAGGAGAGUACGGGCCAGUGGAACGGCAUGGUGCGCGAGCUCAUGGACCACAAAGCAGACCUGGCCGUGGCUCCGCUGACCAUCACAUACGUGCGAGAGAAGGUGAUUGACUUCUCCAAACCCUUCAUGACCCUGGGCAUCAGCAUCCUCUACCGCAAACCCAACGGCACCAACCCCGGCGUCUUCUCCUUCCUCAACCCUCUGUCCCCUGAUAUCUGGAUGUAUAUUCUACUGGCUUGCUUGGGUGUCAGUUGUGUGCUGUUUGUCAUAGCCAGGUUCAGUCCGUACGAGUGGUAUAACCCUCACCCCUGUAACCCAGACUCAGACGUGGUGGAGAAUAACUUCACGCUGCUCAACAGCUUCUGGUUCGGGGUCGGCGCUCUCAUGCGGCAAGGCUCGGAGCUGAUGCCGAAGGCUCUGUCCACUAGGAUCGUGGGAGGAAUCUGGUGGUUCUUCACCCUCAUCAUCAUCUCGUCCUACACCGCAAACCUGGCCGCCUUCCUGACGGUGGAGCGCAUGGAGUCGCCCAUCGACUCGGCCGACGAUCUGGCCAAACAAACCAAGAUCCUGUACGGCGUGGUGGAGGACGGCGCCACCAUGACCUUCUUCAAGAAAACCAAGAUCUCGACGUACGAUAAGAUGUGGGAGUUCAUGAACAGCCGGCGUCAGUCUGUGAUAGUGAAGAGUGUGGAGGAGGGCAUCCAUCGCGUGCUGACGUCCGACUACGCCUUCCUGAUGGAGUCCACCACCAUCGAGUUCGUCACGCAGCGCAACUGCAACCUGACGCAGAUCGGCGGCCUGAUCGACUCGAAGGCGUACGGCGUGGGGACGCCCAUGGGCUCGCCGUAUCGGGACAAGAUCACCAUCGCCAUCCUGCAGCUGCAGGAGGAGGGCAAGCUGCACAUGAUGAAGGAGAAGUGGUGGAGGGGGAACGGCUGUCCGGAGGAGGAGAGUAAGGAGGCCAGCGCUCUCGGCGUGCAGAACAUCGGCGGCAUCUUCAUCGUCCUCGCCGCCGGCCUCGUGCUGUCAGUGUUCGUGGCAGUCGGCGAGGUGCUGUACAAAUCCAAACAGAACGCGCAGAUCGAGAAGCGCUCGUUCUGCAGCGUGAUGCUGGAGGAGCUCAGGGUGUCUCUGAAAUGCCAGCGACGGCGGAAACAGAAACCUCAGCCGCCCGCCAUCGUCAAAACAGAGGAGGUGAUUAACAUGCAUACCUUUAACGACAGGAGGCUCCCGGGGAAAGAGACCAUGGCGUGACGCCUCUCCUGUGACUCUCGUCCAAAUGAAGGACAUGAAGAUGUUUCCUGUGGAAAUCCAGAUUCGUGAGAGAUUCUGAACUACAUCCCUCACAGAGCAGUACUCGAUCACUUCUGCUCUCAUUUCACAUUGCUUUUCUCUGUUUUCCCUGUGAAAAUAGGUCAAUGUUUCAAACCCGUCCGUUUUCCUCAUAUGCCGCCUUUAUUGCUGCCUUCAAGAGCAUUGUUCAUUUUCUCCAUAUUCUUCAAUAAAGAGUCAUGAACUAAACCAGCCCGCUCCACAUGAAUCACAACAUUGCAAACUCUGAUUUGACAAUGCAUUUG